CCGAUAGUUUCCGCCCACCUCCGCGGUACUCCGUAAACUAAGCAACGGGUUAGGGUGCGGCUCGUGAACAAGCAUGGAGCCUGCAGAAGUUGAAUUUCUGGCUGAAAAGGAGCAGAUAACGAUAGUCCCCAACUUUUCAGAGAACAAACUCUACCUCAUUUCAGGGGAAUUUGGUCCGUUCAACCCCUCCAUGCAGACCAGAGUGCCCCUCUGGCUGGCAAUCAACCUCCGACAGAGACAGAAGUGUCACAUUGUCCCUCCCGAUUGGCUCAAUGUCGAUUACCUGACGGAGAAGAAAUCUGAGGAAGCUGCAGAGUCUUUUUUCACGGCAAUGCCUUCCCCGAACUACAUGGAGGUGUCUUCACUCGUCCUCAACAAUGCAGCAGAAGAUGUCCCAAAAGCAGAUGAAGUGAGGACACUAGUGAAGGACAUCUGGGACCUCAGACAGGCUAAGCUAAAGAAGGGAGUGGAUCAGAUGAUCUCCCAACAGGAAACUUUUGCCAAGCUGGAUAACCUAACACUAAUGGAGAUGAACUGCAUCCGUCCGUUCCUCACCGCUGCUCUAGACCACCUCCACCUCCUUCACAACCACGCAACCAGCUACACCUCCAGCCAGGCCGACUGAUCACAUGACUCUCACAUGACAUUACUUACACGUCACGUGACCUAUAUGUAUACACACACGGUCAAGUCAGGUCUUAUGCACAAUUCGUUUUGAACAAGAAAUUGAUUUCCACUUGAUGAUGGUAUUUGUACUGAGAUUGGCAGCAGUUCUCAUAGUCUUGGGAGGGUCUUCCUGAGUUGGUGCAUGAGCCAGAUGGCCAGUGAGAGGAGGGAGACUGCCCCUGUCUGAUGGGAGGAGGCGAGGGGUGUGGGGACGUAGGUCAGCAGUGUUGUGAUCCCUAAUCCCACCUACAGGAAGGCAGCAGCUGCGAGGAGGUUGGUGGCGAGUCUAGCUUGAGGAGGUAGAGGAGCUCCUCUUGCCAAGGCCCACACUCCCACCAGGUAGGCCAGGGUGGCUGUUCCCUAGAGAGGGAGGGAGAGAGGCAAAGACCAGCACCUACAUGUCUAUACAUGCAUGAUGCCAUAAUGAAAAUUGACAA